AUAAAUAAGGUAACCGAUCAGAUUCUAAAUGUUGGCAUGAAAGUUAUGCUAUAAACAUAAAUUUAGUUUCAAUCAAAGCACUGAAUGAAUUGACACAUCUUUGGGAUAUUUAAUUUGUUAAUUUUGUGAUGCACUUUGAAGUCUAUCUUGCACAUCAAGGUUGCUAGUAUUACUCGAUACUAAAGCAGGUGAUUUAUGUUAUCUGAGCUCAUAUAGAUAAAGAGUCAACCACAUAAUAUAAAGUGAAUUGUUAUUGUCAGCUAUCAGUUUACAAAUUACGUUUCAUAAUGAGUUUUGCGGACAAAGUGGUGUUGGUGACGGGAGGCAGCUCGGGCAUCGGCGCCGCUGCGGCCGUGUUGUUCGCUAAGGAGGGGGCGGCUGUGGCGGUGGUGGGCCGCAACCGAGCCAAGCUGGACAGCGUGGCGCAGCGCUGCCGAGAGCUGGGUGCGCGCACGCUCGUCAUCACCGCCGACAUCGCCAACGACCAGGAGGCCAGCACCAUCGUGCAGAAAACUAUCGAUGAGCUCGGAAAACUGGAUGUUCUCAUCAACAACGCUGGUAUUGUAGAUGGCGAAGGAUUACUUAGUGGCAAAAUAAUGGAGUCUUAUGACAAAAUCAUGAACACCAACUUACGCGCAGUGGUUCACCUAACAAGUCUAGCUGUGCCACAUCUUGUGAAAACAAAAGGCAAUAUAAUCAAUAUAUCUAGUAUACUAGCAAAAAAAGUUUGUACUUGGACUCUUUCGUACUGCGUGUCUAAAGCGGGUUUAGAUCAUUUUUCUAAAAUAGCAGCUUUAGAACUUGCUUCGUCUGGAGUGAGAGUGAAUGCUGUGAGUCCAGGUGCAGUAGUCACUGAUAUUUUGGAUAAUGCCGGGCUUCCUGAUAUGUGGGAAGAUUGGAAACUGGAAACUGCAUUGAAAAAAGUAGCAGCCCCGGAGGAAAUCGGUGAAAUGCUGUUAUUCUUAGCUAGUGAUAAGGCCAAGAGCAUCACUGGUGCUAACUUCACAAUUGAUAAUGGAGAACUGUUGUUAUAAUUUAUACGUUUGUGUCUUGUAAUAUUGAAUCAUAAAUCUACUUGUUUUUGUAGUUCUUGCCAUGUUGUUGAACUUAUCUUUUUUGAGAAUUAUCUCUAUCUACCAAGCUAAUCACUUUUACUAUGUACGGUAUUAUAUAAUUCCUAAUAAGAUUUUAUGGUCUAUAAUUAUA